UUUCACACUGAACUCGGCUGAAUUUAGGAGUGAACACCGGGUUGAGACUGCUAGAGAAUGCUGGGCCUCCGCAGGGGCACGUGAGACAGUUCGAAUUCGGGACGGUUGAAAUUGAUGCGGCUCCUCUUCGGACGGCCCAGAUGACAGACUCGCAGCUCGGCCAAAUGAACGCUUUUCCGCCGAGGCUUUAGACGUCUUCAGCUGCUAUCCGGUUACAUUUAGGGGGAAGGACGUGAGAGAACCCUCGAGACGGACAUUCACACGCCAAGAGGAAGUCUUGAAAGACCGCAGGCUCUUAAAGAGGCCUCGCCGCACUGAACACACACACAGGAAAAGCCCCGAAAUCGCUACUUUGUCGCAGUUUGGUGGAUUAUCAUUAUCGACUGUGGUGUUUUUCAAAGUAUUAACACCCUAAAACCGAAGCAAAGUCGAACUUUGACCUUUACAUUUGUGCGUGUUGUACUGAAAGUUUUCAGUACUGUCAUUUAUGCUAAUCAGCAGUACAGUGGUGCUUAUUGCUUGGAAAUAUAUUCCCCAUUCAGAAACAUCACUUCCAAAAUUGACAUUCCUAUAAACAAAUCAAACUUUUAGUAACUCCUGCUACAAGGUUUAUAAUUGUUUUUCUUUUGGAGGGAAUUGACCAUUUAUGAACAGUUUACAAGAUGGGGAAGAUGCUGUCAAAGAUAUUCGGUAACAAAGAGAUGAGAAUAUUGAUGCUGGGUCUGGAUGCGGCAGGGAAGACCACCAUCCUUUAUAAGUUGAAACUCGGCCAGUCUGUGACCACCAUCCCCACUGUGGGUUUCAACGUAGAGACGGUCACCUACAAAAACGUCAAGUUCAACGUGUGGGACGUGGGCGGACAAGACAAGAUCCGUCCCCUCUGGCGACAUUAUUACACAGGCACGCAGGGGUUAAUUUUCGUGGUGGAUUGCGCAGAUAGAGAUCGCAUAGACGAGGCCAGGCAGGAACUCCACCGCAUCAUCAACGACCGAGAGAUGCGGGACGCCAUCAUUUUGAUUUUCGCCAACAAGCAAGACCUGCCGGACGCCAUGAAGCCGCAUGAGAUCCAGGAGAAGCUGGGACUGACACGUAUCCGGGAUAGAAACUGGUACGUGCAGCCCUCAUGUGCGACCACUGGAGAUGGACUGUACGAAGGCUUAACUUGGUUAACAUCUAACUACAAGUCUUAAUGACUCUGGCACUGACUGUUUAGGACAAAUGAACUGGAUAUUGGAGCAAAUCAGACCUCUCCAACGAAUAUAUUCGUGCUGUUUUGAUUUAGAGUUAACAUUUAUUUUUGGUUUGUUUUCAAACGGGCCUUUUUGAAGCGACGUAAUGGGGUUGGCUUGCUUUCAGUUUCCUGUGUACUGUGACAGCUGUCACACACAUCUCGGACUCUUGCUUAACAAUGAUAAAGCAUUCCUAAAUGAAGAUUCUCUAUUUUUUUUUUCCUCCCUUUCGUUGAUUGAUUGUAGGUUUUUCUAUAUUUGUUUUCUCUACUUCAGCUUCUUUGAGUCAAAAAAGUCUUGGAGUUUGUCUCCACCAAACAGUCCAACAGCGUGUUAAAGGCAUUUUAUACCGAAAUGUAUCGAGGCAUCCACUGUAGCAAAGCACAGAUUUGCUGAGGAGGUUGUAGCAUACUAAUUGUAGGUAGCUAUGUGGUGUAACAGGUUUUGAACCGUGCCAUAGUUAUGAUAUCACUGACAUCCAACGAUAAUCAACAUGUAAAUGAGUCCAUGGAACAUUUUAUGCAAAAAGCCUAAUCGUUGAUGGCGGGCUUACCACAGACAUAACUUGUAUUCACAGAGCAUAAUCAAACUCAAAAGCUUGAAAAUCCACAGGAAGUCCAUGAGUGUUUGCAUUGCGAUGCCCAAAACCAGUUUAAUGUUAAAGAGACUUCACUUUCAAACAUCAUGGGGAUGCCUUUUGCAGCCCCUUUACCAUUUUGGCUAAUUGCAUUGGCCUGAUUGUCUUUGACACUCACACGUAUGUCUCUCAAAUGUGGGAUUGUUACAUUCAAGUGUAGUUGCUUGCAAUAGAGUGGACUAAACUGUUCAUUUUGGGGAGAAAUGUUUCAUUCUGUUCAUUCCCUCUCUCUUUGCUUUAAUCAUUUUGAGAAACAUCCAUGUACAGAAACAGCUAUGUAAUUGUCAAAUUAAACUUAGUCAUUUUAA